GAAAUGGGCAUUUCUUUUUGGUUAAGAACUUAAAGAGGGAACCAACCAACCGAGGCCCAAAAUACCUAUGCACAUAAGGCUCUCCUCGUAAGAGCGACAAACUCGAGCUGCCUCUAUUCCUUCCUAUUUUCAGAGAGGUGAAGUGAGAUGGCCACUGGUGGUCUAAAGAGCCUGUUGUCCACGGCAAUCACUACUGGGGUGACUGAGGCUAGGGCGAGGAUAUUUGGGCACAUACUUAACCCAACAGGCCAGAAAUCUGCCCAUAAGAUUUUACGCAAGAAGUUGAUUGGUGAGAAAGUUGCCCAGUGGUACCCGUAUGACAUCAAGAAAGAUGACCCCAAAAUCAUGGCUAUGGAAGAACAAGAGCGAUUAUCCAAGCUUGAAAUGUUGAAGCGUCGAGGAAAAGGACCACCCAAGAAGGGUCACGGAAGGCGUGCUGCCAAGCGUAACAAAAAGUAGUAUUUUGAUAUGCUAAAAGUGGUUCUUGAGUAGUGUUUUGAAUAAAAAGAUUACUAGUAUGGACGUUCUGUAACUUUUUGUUCUUUUAAGUUCCUUUCAUUUUUCUUGCCCCACUUUGUAAAGAUGAUAUUAUUCUAUCCAUGGGAAUAUUUUGUUUAGCAAAACAUUUGGCAUUCAACACUUUCCAGGCUUCGGCUGAUAUAAGCAGGUUUGAGAUUUCAACUUA